AUGCAGGCCACGAUCAAGGCCUUCGGGCUUUUGUCUUUGGCAUCAUUAUUCGGCCAAGCCGUUCAUGCCGCCACUUUCUUCCCUCUUAUUAAUAUGACCGACACCGAUGGAAACUUAAUCCAGGCACACGGCGGCAACAUCAUCCAGGCGCAAGACGGCGAUGGCUCGUGGUACUGGUUCGGCGAGGACAAAACAGGAGAGACCACUGGCGGAACCUUCAUCGGCGUCUCAUGCUACAAGUCGAGCGACUUCUCAGCAUGGGAAUACCAAGGCCAUGUCUUGAAGCCCAUCGCUGACACAAAUAUCUCGGACUCUCGUAUCGUGGAACGGCCCAAGGUGCUUUACAACGACAAGAACUCAGAAUAUGUGAUGUGGUUCCAUGGAGACAGCUCCAACUACGGUGAUGCUCAAGUGGGCGUUGCUACUAGCAAGACGAUCGAUGGCCAGUAUGACUGGAAGGGCAACUUCAAACCAUUUGGCAACGACUCUCGCGAUAUGACAAUAUACAAGGAUCCUGAUACUGGAACAGCAUAUCUCAUCUAUGCAACCAAUAACAACGCGGACUUCAGCAUUGCAUCUCUAGACGAGGACUACUAUAAUGUAAAUGAGACGCAGUACACCUUCCAGGGCGUGUAUCAAGAGGCGCCUGGCGUGUUCAAGAUCGAUGGACAGUAUUAUCUGCUUUUCUCUCCACAAGAUGGAUGGACUCCCACCGAUAACGGCUACCACGUUUCCUCCAGCAUGGCGGGUCCCUGGUCUGACAAGACGCUUUUGGCUCCUGCGGGAGCUUACUCCUACUUGACGCAAAACGCUUAUGACAUUACCAUCAAUGGCACGGAGGACACCUUCUAUCUAUAUCUCGGCGACCACUGGUCUGGAAAUGAGCUUGGCUCCUCGACCUAUGCUUUCUAUCCCGUUCUCUACAACGGAUCUGCGCUCUCCCUCCAUAAGACCGGUGGCUGGACGCUGGACGUUGAAGCUGGGACUUGGGCUGAUUUACCCUACACGACCAUCACAGCGGCCAAUUCUACCACCGCCGAAGAGUAUCUCGAUUCGUGCGACGACGGCUGUACCGGCGGCAAGGCAACCAACAUGACCGGGAGCUCGAACUUCACAUUUACGUGGGAUGGAAGCGCUGGGGACAAAGUCGUUCAGAUCGUCUAUACUUAUCCCGGCGCAAAGAACGCUUUCAAGCAAAUUGGUGCGACGGUCGAUGGCAAGGCAGUCAAUGGAACGGCGCUGUUGGAGACGACCAGAGCGACGACUAUGUCGCAACAAGCGCCGAUACCUUUGACGUUGGCGGAAGGGAGCGAGGUCGUCUUGAAGCUGCUGAAUUUCGAUGGGACGCAAUUUUUGGUGGAUGGAGUCCAGGUGUAUGAUGCAUAG